AUGAAUGAAAUGACCGUGGCGCGGCAGCGCUCGAUGUGGGUGGGCCGGCCUGUCCACGGUGGUGGAGUGGUACGACUUCACCUGUACCUGUACUUCGCCACGGUGCUGUCGCGGGUGUUCUUUGGCGGUGGCGAGCAGGCGAUGCUGGUCACCCUGGCCGGCUUCGCGGUGUCCUACCUGAUGCGUCCGCUCGGCGCGCUGUGCUUUUGGCCACCUGGCGCGCCGGAACGGCGACGCGGCCUGGUGACCUCGCUGGCCUCUGCCGCCAGUGAAGUGGGUGCGCUGCUGGCGGUGGCGAUCUCGGCAGCGACGGUGGCGCUGCUGGCACCUGCGCAGCUGGACAGCUGGGGUUGGCGCAUUCCGUUCUUCGUCGGCGCGGCGCUGGCGCUGGUGAUCCUCGUCGCGCGCUCGGGCAUGCACGAGUCGCCCGAGUUCGAGCGCCAGCGCCGCGAGGGCAGUAUUCCGGCCACGCCGUUGCGGCACGUGCUGCGCCAUCAUCCGCGGGCGGUGGCGCGUACCUUCGCGAUCUCCGCACUGGGCUCGAUCACCUACUACGUGGGCAUCACCUAUGUGCCGGCCUUCCUGCAUGCACAGGGCCACGAUGAAGGCGACGCGCUGUGGUUGUCGACGAUUGCGGCAGUGGCGGUGAUCGCGAUCACGCCGCUGUGCGGCGCACUGUCCGACCGUGUCGGGCGACGGCCGAUGCUGUUGGGCCUGACUGUGCUGGCGGCGCUGCUGCCGCUGUCGCUGUUCGCGUGGCUGGCGGAGGCAACGGCAUGGGGCAUCGCGCUGGCGGCGGUCCUGCUGGCCUGCGUGGCGGUGGCGUCAGCGCGGUGGCGGCCCCGGCCACGGCCGAGCAGUUCCCCGGCGAAGGCCGGGGUCAGCGGGCUGGCGCUGGGGGUGACCAUGGCUACGGCCGUGUUCGGCGGUGCGACACCGUGGUUGGCGCAAUGGUGGGUGCAACGCAGCGGCUGGGCGCAGCGCCGGGCGCGAUGA